GCAGAGAUAAAACCUGAAUAAUUUAAAGUUGAUUUUAAAUAUUUAAAUAAAAUGUCGUAUAACGGCAUCGGACUAAACACUGUCCGUGGUAGUGGAACAAAUGGGUACGUGCAGCGUAAUUUAUCGACUAUACGGCGAGUUAAAGAUCGGAGCGAGUUUAAAACUGACGAGGAUUUCAAACAACUCGAUUCUAGGAUGGAGAAGAAACCGAACGCAGAGUUGAUUCUCCAUGGGUUGAAGAGGAGAGUGGAAGUGAAGUGUAUGGAGUUGAGAGAUUUGAUGGAAGAGCAGGGUUACGAGGAAGAGGAGAUCGAUAAGAAGGUUGGGACGUAUCGGAAGAUGCUGAGCGAGAGUAAAGAGACGAUCGGGGGGAAGGAGGACGCGACAGGGAGGCCGAUACUUACCGAGACGCACCAGAUUGCCGAGAUGAAAGAAAAGGAGAAUGAGGUUUUGAGAGCCGCGUUUGGGAUAAGGAAAGAUUAUGUGAAGGGGAGCGCGUUUGUUGGAAAUAAUCCUCUGCAGAAGAAAGAGGAGGAAGUGGAGAAUAAUAAGAUGAUCAGGUCCCCGAGUGAAUCCCCGCCUCCCAAGGAAGCAAAAAAGAAGAAGAAGAAAAAAGUGAAACGAAAAUCGAAAAAAUCUCACAAGAAAAAUUCUUCAUCUGACAGCGAGUCUGAAAGUGAGGUCGAAAAAAAGAAAAAAUCUCGAAAGAAGAAACGAAAGAAAUCCGUUAGUGAGAGCAGAUCAGAUGAAGAUGUUCGAAGAUCAAAGAAGUCAAAAGAUAAAUCAAGGAGGGAUGCAAGCGCUUCCAGAAGAAAGGAAGAAAAAUCCCGACGAAAGAAAAAUAGUCCUGAUGUAAAUGAAGAGGAAUUGAAGAUCAAACGGAAUUACAUCAGCGGUGUUUCGCCUGUUGAUCCUUACCAACGGCCUGUGAAAAAGGCCCCGUUGGUAAAAAAGAAAAAACGCGCUGAAUCCUUGGAAAGAUCUUCGAGUAGUGAUGGGAGUCCUCCACCUCCCAAGAGGAGAUCUCCUGUGAGGAGCAGGGAUCAUGGGGAGUGGAGACGAAGAGAUGGAAGAUCAGGUUCGAUGAGUCGAAGGAGGAAGUCCGUUGAUGUUGGGAGAUCGGAUAAAGAUCUUCAUCCUAGGAGGCGAGGUAAAAGAUCGCCGAGAAAACGAGAUGAGUCGCCAAAGAGACGAGAUCAUGCGUCGCCACAGAGACAGAAACGGUCACCACCACUUAAGCGGGAAGAAUCACCAACAAGGAAACAAGAUCUUUCGUCGACUCGGCAACAACGAGAAGACCAAUCUUCGUCACGAAAACGUGGUCGAUCGUCUCCAAGGAAACAAGAAGAAACAUCGCCACAAAAACAUGAAAAAGUUAAAGCAAAAAUUAUCCGGCAAGUAUCUAGCUCUUCGUCAUCAUCUAGUGGCGAGGAUGACGCAAGAUCUUCGAAGAAACAUUCCAAGAAAAAAGUUGCUACUAAGAAGAAGAAGAAAGAGUCUUCUUCCGGUAGUGAUGAUUCAUCCCAAGAUGAAGUAAAAAGAGGUGAGAAAGAUGGCUCAUCUAGUUCGGAAGAAGAUGUUGAGGUGCGUCGUAAAUCACCUGGGAUGAAACGUACAUCACUUGAAAGGUAUCGUGAUUCUCGUGAAAGGAAUCGAGAAUCACAUCGCAGAACUGCAGAAUCACGUGAGAGAAAUCGUGGUUCUGGUGAGAAGAUGCCAGAAUCACGUGAAAGAAAUCAUGAAAGAAAUGUUUCACGUGAGAGAAAGUCGGAAUCAAAUGAGAGAGAACCUGAAUCCAAAGAAAAAAGAAAUCUCUCGCAUAAUAGAAAUAAUAAAUCGCGUGAGAGAAAUCAAAACAGGAAAGAGUCCAGAGGAAAAAGAAGUGUCUCACGUGAGAGAAAUCGUGCCCCACCUGAGAGAAAACAUGAGAGAAAAGAAAUUAAAGAAAAAAGGGAUCUCUCACAUGAUAGGAAUAAGUCACGCGAGAGAAAACCGGAAUCAAAAGAACAAAGGCGAGAAUCCCAUGAAACAAAAGUUAAACCUUCACGUGAUCGUAAACGUCAUGAAUCACCGAUGAAGAAGGUAAGGCACAGAUCUUCUUCCAGUUCCUCAUCAUCUAGUUCUUCUGGAUCGGACAGUGAUGCUCAUUCCUCCUCAUCAAGUAGCUCAAGUAACUCCUCCAGUGGUUCUCCUCAAAGAUUAUCCAAGAAGCAACAAAAAUCUUCAUCUCCAAAAUCUCAGGAGGUGAGGAGAAAUAAAAGUCCUUUGAGAAGAUCAAGAGAUGAGAGGAAACCUCAACAGAAGAUGAAGUCACCAUCGCAAAGUCCUCCACCUCGGAAACGAAAAUCUCCCGUAAGGAAGAAGUCCUCAAGUCCUCCGGAUCAAAGAAGCAAGUCCCCUAUCCGGAGGAAAGAAGAUUCAGAUGACUCCGAAGAUUCAAAGAUCCCUCCAAAGAUGUACAGCUCGCCAAAACGAAGUCCGGAGCCAAAACGGAGGCGAGAAGAAAGUCCUGUCCGGCGACGAAGAUCAAGAAGUCCAUAUCGAGGUCGCAGGUCACCUGGAGGACCAGGGAGGAGAGGAGGCUAUCCUAGAAGGUGGUCACCUCGUCGAAGAUCAAGGUCCCCUCGUCGGAGGACCCGUUCUCCUCGAAGAAGAUUCGGAAACCCGAGAUCCGAGGAUCGGAGACGAUCAAGAUCGCCACGAAGAUCUCCCAACAGAAGACGAAGAUCGCCAGAGGAUAGAAAGGUAUCCCCAGAUCGGAAGAAAACCUCCGAAAACAGGCGAAGAUCGUCGCGAUCGUUAAGUUACUCCCCCCUCCGUAAACGACCCGGAAUCGCCGCAACCUCCGAUUCAUCAUCAGAUUCCUCUUCUUCCUCAUCAUCCUCUUCAUCUGAGGAUUAGGUCCUGAUGUUGGGAAUCGCACCCCACCAUCGCGGAAGAAACAAUGAUUUUUAAUUCAACUUUUGUAAAAAUUGUGAAACUUAAACUUUUUUUAUUUUUUUCAUUUUUAAAAAUUUAAAUUUUUUGUGAAAAUUUCGACCUAUAACUUCGAUUUCUUGGUUAAUAUUUUUUCUAUGUUGCCAUUCAUGAGUAAUUGUUAAAACUGCCCGUUUUUCCUGUUUGUUUAUAAAACUACAACUUUUAUUUUUAUCACUAAUUCGAAAACAAUGUUAAUUAUGAUGUCAUAAAUACUACCCGAUCCAAAUAUUUGUAAACAAUAACGUUUGUGAUGUAUUAGA